AAAGUAAAAGAAAAGGCCAAAGCCGUCGCCCCGAGGAGUCGCCAUCUCUUCCCUCAAUAUUUUUCCCUUCUCCCUGCGAGCUCCCGUCUCGGUGCUGGAGAUCGGAAGGAGAAGAAGAAAGAAAAAAGAAGCGAAGAAGCGCGAGGAAAAAGAGAGAGAGAUAAAACCCUCGAGAUCUCUAACCCUUUUCCCCUCCUGCUCUCGCUCUCGCUCUCUCCCUCGCUCUCUCUCGAGUCUCGGCGGUAGAGAAAAAGAGAAAGAGACCGCGUUGGUUUGCUUUGCUCUCUCUUCUCUCUGCUCAUCUCUUUUCCCGGCCCUCUCGUUUCGCAAUCAUUUCGUCGAGGCGGCGAACCCCACGCUCUCCCCAAUCCAAUCCCUUCCUCCCUCAGCAAGAUAUAUAGUUUAAAAGCAAGAAGAGAGGAAGAGGAGGCAAUCCAUCGUCGGUCAACGCUCUCGGGGCCCUUGUCGUAAUUUCUGGAAGAUCCGAGGGCGAGAUUCAGUUAAAAAAAAGAGAAUGGGAUCGUUCAGGGGUCACGUGCUGCCCGGGAGCCUAUUCCUGGCGGUGGGAUUGUGGCACAUCUGGAGCGCGGCGGUCCGGUACGUGUCGGACCCGGUGGCGUUUCGGGUCCGGGUGUGGAAUCCGGCGGAGCGGUGGUUCGGCGGGAAGGCGCGGCACCUGGAGCUCUACGUGGUCGCCGGCGGCGCCUUCGUCGACAUGUGCGUCGAGUUAUUGUAUUCGCCUCACUUCCACUACUUCGUAGGACCCGAGAAGAUACUGAAUCCGGCGCACAUGAACGACUUCGAGCAUGGUGGAAUGCUCCUCAUGUUCUUCCUCUUCGGCGCCAUCGCCCUCCUCUCCGAGAAAACCAGCUUCCUACCCAUGCCGCAUGGAGCGCUUUGCCUGAUAGCCGCAUCAGCCUUCAGCGCGGAGUAUCUACUGUUCUCCUUCCACUCCACCACCCACAAGGGACUGGAAGGCUACUAUCACCUCAUCCUUGUCAUCCUCGUCGCCCUUUGCAUUGCCACCACGAUCGCUGGCGCUCUCUUCCCCACCAGUCUCGCUGUGGACCUUGGUAGCGGGGUUUCCAUCACUCUCCAGGGCCUGUGGUUCUACCAGACUGCUUUCACCCUCUACGGCCCCAUGAUGCCCCGGGGUUGCCUCCUCGACGACAACGGAAUCAAGUGCCACUCGCAUGACAGCCAGGUCCGCGCGGAGCUGCUUGCCAACUUCCACCUCUUCUCCCUUGUCUUUCUGAGCUUCCUCUAUGUUCUUGGAUGCUAUGCCAUCGCGGCGGCAUGGUAUGGCCACCCAGAUUUGAGGAAAUUGCAUGCCUCUGCUCUGGCGAGCCAAGAAGGUGAUGGGAAUGGUGAGGUAGAGGCUGCCGGUCAGUUCUUUCCAGGGAUGAUGGCUGCUCAGUGACAAGGAAAAGGAUCUGGAGUUCUUGAAGGCUUGCGUUGCGAAAAGAAGCAAACUGCACUUGAAUGAUAUUUGGAAGGAUUCAGCUGUGAUGGCAGUAGGAUGUUCAUCAUCAUAAAGAUUGCUGAGACAUGGUUUGUUUGAGUAAUUAGGUCAAGCCAGGUCGUGUUAGAUGCUACUAGGAAGGAUAAGAGAAGCCCAUCUUUUGAGAUACAAAAGAAAUGAGGAACGAAAAGAAAAAGAAUCAAAAACCAGGAUGGUUUCAAAUAAACUCUGAUAUUUUAAUGCUCGAGGUUCCUUUUUUGUUGAGUUGAUGCAAUUGCAAUGGAACCAUGAUUAUUGAGAGAGAGAUGAAGAGAAUGACAGCAAGCAACUGAAUUUUGAAGAGAAAGUUUUACGAUUCAGACGGUGUGAUCUUCUUGGCUUUGAAAAAUAUAAUAUAAUUACUAAUAGCACAGAUUUGAGAA